UUGUUUGCUUGUCCCGUUCAGGCAAUAAAGCAAAAUUCAAACACAACUUUAUGUGCAUCAACCACGGCGACACACCUAUGCCGUUAUGGUCCUGUCAGCGAAUGUCCUUUCGAAGCGAUAGGAUCGACCGCCGCAGUUUAUUACAAGCGUUUCCACAAAUGUCUAACGGAUGACGUUACACCCGGUGGAAUACGCAUUAGGGAUAGCCUCACCCAUGUCGGUUGAGGCAAAAACGUGACGGAAAUAUGAAAUGUGUCUAUGUACCGUUGGAAAAAUGAAACAGAAAGUAAUCCCAUGUUACUCGGUGACUAAAUUGGCCACAUGGGUUGAGUUGUUGUCUGUGGUAUCAGUGUUCUAUUUGCUUUGGAGCAAACACACAUACACACAAAUAUACGGCGAAGCGAUAUUUAACGAUGCAAAUGUUAUUCUUGUUGAGGCUGUUCGUCACUUUGGACACUUUGCUCAUCACGACAGUUUUCACGACACGCUGGGAAACGUUCAUACAUGCUGGGGAAGCUAUCGAAGCGGGUCAUUAAACUAAACGAGCUCAAACUAGAGUCUCGUGCGAUGCAAUCAGCAGUUUAGUUUAGCAUCCGAUCCCAGCCGAGCUACACCUUGACCUCCUGCCGGAAUGCGGAAGUGUUUGCGAACUUUUCUCAACCCAAAGGACUUUUAUGCCGCCCAACGGCCCGUGCUGCGUGUUUCAUUUCUGGUCGGCAUGACGCCGUUCACUGUUGUGAAGGGACCGACCGAGUUGAUGUUGCUGCGCUGCACUCCCUUCGGCUACAUCAACUCGAGCGUGCACGUGAUCCUGUUCUGUAGCUGCUACGUGAACGCACUGCUGCAAGGAGACACGAUAACGCGGUUCUUCUUCCGCACCGACAUCAGCACGUUGGGCGAUGUGCUACAGUUCACCAUCGGUAUUACGGCGCUCUUCAUGACGUUCUUCUGCAGCAUCUUCCAGCGGAACAAGCUGAUCAAAUGCUUCCACGCACUGGCCAGCAUCGAUCGACGCUUCAAGGAGAUAGGCAUGGAGACGAACUACAAGAGUACGCUGCACUACAACCUGUUGGUGAUGCUAACUAAGGCGAUUAUCAGCACGCUCUAUCUAGUCGUGUGCCUGGCUGUGUUUAUUUCCUCCGAUACCUACCCGAGCGUGACCACCUGGAUGGCGUUCCUGCUGCCCUACUUCAUGAUGUCGAUGGUGAUCGUUUUGUUUCUGUGCUUCGUCAACCAAACCAAGCACCGUUUUCACCUGCUGAACAAGGUACUGAAGCAUCUCAAGCAAGCGGCAUUGGAGAAAAGAAUCUCGCCCCAACGGCGACCCAGCUACUGGCACGCGAUCAAAAUCCAACGGCCCCUGGGCAUCGCAUCCGUUUACUCCAACAACGACAAAUCGAUGCCGGAUGUGGUGUCAACGGUAGCCGAAAUCCAGGAUGCAUUGUGCGAAGCGUGCAGCUACGCCGAGGACUACUUCACGAUCCAAAUGCUGACCAUUGUGACGAUCGUGUUUCUUAUUAUCGUGUUCAACUCUUACUACGUGCUGGACGCACUGCUCGGAUCCACCUCCCUUGACUCACCAUUCUCCAAGGGACAGUUUGCGAUGUUUUUCCUCUGCCAGGCCAUGGUGUACGGCUUUGGAGUGUUCAACAUUGUUUACGGCAGUAGCUCGCUGGUGCAAGAGAACGACAACAUCGGAUCGAAUGUGCACAAGCUGCUUAAUGCGGCUGCCGGGGCGGACAGUGAGCUGGCGGGAAAAUUGAUGCACCUUUCCCUACAGAUGCUCCAUCGUAAAGUGCGAUUUUCCGCGUGCGGGCUGUUUAGCUUGGACUUUUCGCUCAUUUUUACGCUGGUGGGUGCAGCAACUACCUAUUUGGUGAUUUUGAUCCAGUACGAGCUGAGCAUGGACGAGAGUAAGCACGAAACCAUUGCAAGAGCUUUCCUUGGCAACGAAACUUGGUAAUACGGAAUGCACAUUCGGAAGUCGAAACUCCCAUUCGUCUGCAUACAUUCGCCAUUUACAGCACACACUACAAAGCGAGAGAUCAAUAAAAGCAUGGAUGCAACAGGCCCUGUUUGUGCUAAUUUACUGACGGUUUAUCGCGAUGCAAAUGACUGCGUUUAAAAAAGAUUGCAUAUAUUUACAUUUUAAUUCUAAAGUGGCAUCAGCAGCAUUUUAGUGACAUCGUGACAUCGAGUUGUUCGUACCGAUGUGGAUGUGUAAAACAAACAUUCGUAAACACAUUGUUUCAUAUGAAAGAUAAUUUAUGCUAUUGUUCUAGUCAUAAAGGUAGAUUUUUUACAUUGACUUGUUAUAUAGUACAAAGAUUAUGAUAAAUGAAAAAAUGUGCAAACUUUUACUUACUUUUGUUGUAUGUUGUGUUGUUAUGGGUUGAAAACUGUUCUUCCUCAUGUGACAUCACAGCACGGAUGGGUU